AUGCUAUCAGGGACACUGCCUGAAACAAUUCGACAUGUAAUGUUCUCUGCCAAGCUAAUCGCAUUCGACAAGAAGGGAGGGGGAGUACGCCCUAUUGCUGUUGGACUGGUCUUUCGUCGUUUGGCCUCAAAGCUUGUUUGCAGAGCAAUCCUGCCUACGUUGAUAACACAAUUACAACCAGCCCAAAUUGGGGUCGGUUCACCGGGGGGUUGUGAAGCGGCAGUUCAUGCUGUCCGAACAUUCACUGAAAAGAACGAGGACACUCCUUUUGUAAUCGUCAAAAUCGACAUUAAAAACGCCUUCAACUCGAUACGACGUGACACAAUUCUGGAGGAUUGCCUCACACAUUACCCAUCAGUGUACAGCUAUAUUAAUAGUAUUCAUAGCUCUUAUCGAAAACCAUCGAGUUUGGUGCACGGCCAAUAUCACAUCCCAUUGUGUUCUGGAGUCCAACAAGGAGACCCAUUGGGCCCUGCCUUGUUUAGCCUGGGAAUUGCCCGUGUCACCAAAUAUUGUUCGACUCCUCUGAGGGUAUGGUAUUUGGAUGAUUGCACAAUGGGCGGCCAGCCGAAGGAUGUGCUAGAUUGCCUAAAAAGUCUGAUAGCCCAAUUGGAAUCCCUAUGCGUAACCCUGAACACAAUUAAGUGCGAAGUAACCAAUUUUGGAUUUUCGCAGCCUAAAUGGGACCUGAUUCUUGAAACAUUCAGAGAGAUCAUCCCUAAAGCCACAGAAACCAAACCAGAACAACUAGAAAUACUUGGAUGCCCUCUCACUGAUGCAGGAAUCAGUAACACUUUAAUAACAAAAGAACAUCAACUAAAAACAACUUUCAGACCUUUGGAGUUGCUAGACGCACAUACCUCCCUAUUCCUGCUAAAAAACGCCUUGUCAGCACAGAAACUAAAUUACGUUCUUCGGGGUGCACCCUGCUACCUGGAAACGCAACAGCUCGACAAUAUCGAUUGUCUCUUUCGGACCACAAUUGAACGCAUUACGAAUGUGAAAUUCGACGACCAAGGGUGGGACCAAGCGACCCUACCCGUUAACCUGGGCGGACUGGGAAUCCCUUCUCCGAAUGAUCUGGCUCGCCCCGCAUAUCUAUCCUCUUUGGACUUCAGCCAACUGCUGAUCAGGAUGAUUCUCCAACUCCAAACUGAAUCAUCUGAAAUCACAGAGAUGGAGCAUUCGAGAGGGAUGAUGCCUGAGCAGAAAAAUCGUUACAAGACCAUCUGCGAGGAUAAAUACGAGAGGCUUCUGAACCAGUCAAACCAACACAGACGUGCCUGUCUAGUGACUGGAAGAUGCGAAUCAAGUGGUGCUUGGAUCAAUGCACUCCCCGUUGAUAGUGUCGGAACUCACCUUGACGACGAUACUGUCCGCAUUGGCAUCAGCACCAGACUUGCACUGGAGAUUUGCCGGACUCACAAAUGCCGGUGUGGGGCCACCGUCGAUUGUUAUGGACACCAUGCUCUCUCUUAUCGAAGAAGUGCAGGACGAUUUCCAAGACACAAGCGAUCAACGAAAUUGUCAAGCGAGCCCUGGAGUCUGCAGGAUACCCAGCCGUAUUUGAACCGGUCGGGCUUGAUCGAGGAGAUGGAAAACGUCCUGAUGGGAUCACAAUUUUCCCAUUUGAAGAGGGGAAACCUCUAG